AUGGCGUUGGUGGUUUUGAUGGUAAUGUUAGCAACAAUGAUAAGUGUUAGUGCUAACGGUGCUGGUUUUGGUGGUGCUGUCGCUGGUAUUUCUGCUCUCGUUGGUGGUGAUAAUGAUGUUGGUGAUGUGCAUCGCGUUGGUCAUGUCCGUGGCGAUGGUGGUAGUGGUGGUAGUGGUGGUAGUGGCGUCAGUGGUGGUAAUGCUUGCGAUGGUGUUGGUGAGAAUGCUGGUGUUGGCGAUGAUGGUGGUGGCGUCGGUGAUAGUGUCGGUAACGGUGCUGGCGGUUAUGCUUUUAAGCUAAUUAAUAUUGUGUCAAAUGUGUCAAUUAGCAGUGUCGUUGAUAAUUUUUUCCUUGCCUCAAUGUUAAAAGUCCCUUUAUAG